ACUCCCUCCGGUAAGAAAGACGAGGAAAACCCAGCAGGGGCCGAGGAGCAGCGGAGCCGUGCCCGCGCAGGACGCGGUGGGCAUCCCCAUCCUCAUCCUCUGCCUGGCUUCUGCGGCGGCCGCGCUGGACUUUAAGUACCACCACGCCGAGGAGCUGGAGCGGUACCUGCGCGGGGUGCACGCCGCGUACCCCUCCCUCAGCCACUUGCACAGCAUCGGCCGCUCCGUGGAAGGUAGAGACCUGUGGGUUCUUGUUCUGGGAAGGUUUCCAACCCAUCAUAAGAUUGGCAUUCCAGAGUUCAAGUAUGUUGCUAAUAUGCAUGGGGAUGAGACUGUUGGGAGAGAAAUCCUGCUCCAUUUGAUAGAUUUCCUGGUGACCAGCUAUGGACGUGACCCAGUUAUUACCCGGUUACUCAAUAAUACCCGGAUUCAUAUCAUGCCAACGAUGAAUCCUGAUGGAUUUGAAGCUACCAAAGUGCCUGAUUGUUAUUACACACGAGGAAGGUACAACAAGAAUGGAGAAGAUCUGAACAGAAAUUUUCCCGAUGCCUUUGAAAAUAACAGCGCCAAGAUUCAGCCAGAGACUCGAGCAGUAAUGGACUGGAUAAAAAGUGAAACGUUUGUUCUCUCAGCAAACCUGCAUGGGGGUGCCCUGGUUGCCAGUUACACCUUUGAUAAUGGUAACCCAGUUACUGGCUCUUUGCAAGGCUAUAGCAGAUCUCCAGAUGAUGAUGUCUUUAUUCACCUGGCAAAAACCUAUUCUUCCAACCACGCCAGCAUGUACAAAGGGACAGGGUGUGACAGCAGGCAAACCUUCCCAGAAGGCAUUACCAACGGGUACUCUUGGUACCAGCUGGAAGGUGGAAUGCAAGAUUACAACUAUGUCUGGGGACAGUGUUUUGAAAUUACACUGGAGCUGUCAUGCUGUAAAUAUCCUCCAGAAGACCAGCUGGGAAAGUUCUGGAGAGACAACAAAGUUGCUCUGAUUGAAUAUAUCAAACAAGUACACCUAGGUGUCAAAGGCCAAGUUACUGAUAAGAAUGGGAAUCCUAUUCCCAACGCCAUCGUGGAAGCCAAAGGAAGGCCACACGUCUGCCCCUACAGAACAAAUGAACAAGGGGAGUACUUUCUUCUCCUUUUGCCUGGGACAUAUGUGAUCAAUGCUACUGUACCAGGAUUUAAAUCCAUGCUGAAGACAGUGGAAAUACCUGACAACACUGGAAACUUCAGUGCUUUGAAACAGGAUUUCUCUUUCCCAGAGGUCUCAGAUAAGAUCAGCUCAAGAGUUGCUUCAUGUCCCAAAACUCCCCUCUACCAAGAGCUCACACGGGCUUCAGCUGCAGUAAAACCAACCCUACAUAUCUUGGUUUUAGUGACCGUUAUGCUUGCAAUUUUCAAAUAAAGUCAGGAAUGACAAAGGCAAAAUCUUCCUGCACAAAUGUGGCUUUUCAGAGAAGGAACUGUAUAUGCAUAAGAAAGUAUGUUUUUAUAAACCAAAUUCUCAGAUUCAGAUGUUUACUGUAUUUUGUAAAAUACUGGUUUGACAAUUGAAUGUUUUACUUUACUUAUAACAGACAUAUUUUUAAUUGUAACAGACUAUCAUGUUUUUCUAUGUAAAUAUUUUACUCUGAAGACAUUUUAUACACCCUAUAGAGAUAACCGUAGAAUUUUGAUGCAGAAAGUACAAAUACAUUUUGAAGAUUUUUCCCAAAUUCAAAAACCUUGAGAAUUGUACUGCAAUGUUUCAUGCAAGCUCAGGUUCCUCACUGAGCCAACAGCUCAGGUGCCACACAACUGUAAGUCAUCAGCUCAAUGCUAAUUUCUCACAAUAAAGCCACUGCUAUAAAUGAAGAAUGGCAUUCUUAUAUAUGCUCUUUCUUACCUGGACAGGUGAGACAGCUCAGGGCUCAAAUGAGGUAAAGGCCAGUAACACAGACAUGUUUUAAGACAAGAAGAUGAAAAUGCAAUGUGAGUAUCUACCAAAGGGCCAUGCUGUGGAAGCUGGAUGAUAAUCUGCAGGAAGGAGAAGGGAAAAGGGAGGAAUUUGUGGCUCUGAAAACUGUUCUCCUACAGCAGAGCUGCUGAAAGCAAUGUGGAAAGAGUCACUGACAGCUUUAUACUGUGUCCAUUUUUAACUGAAUUUGAUGUGGCACAGAACCACAUACACUUCAGAAUUCUUUGAAUAGUUUUAGCAAUGGCUUUAUACUGUUUCAACAGCUCUACAGCCCUGCUCCACUGCUGGGACUGUUUAAGACCCUUGCCAGGAGCUGGCAGGCACAUCAGCAAGGCACCAGCCAGCUCCAGUUACAGAGGGUGCUUUCAGUGUUCCCCUGGCCAGGCUGUACUGCAGGCAGGAUUAGCAGAUUCCUUUUGCCUGGCCAGUUGCAAGUCAUUUUUAGGGCCCUUUGAAGCUGCCCAAUAAACAGAAAAAUUGUCAAGAAAAGCCAGUUAGUACCAUCUCCUGUGUUUAUGUUAAAGCUUUAUCUGCCAGUAAUUUUCUUGAGCAAUUUCAAAAGUAAACCAGCAAAGAUUAUCUUUGGAAACAUCAGUCUUUUCUUGUAUACAGUAAAUAAAAAAUGCAGGAAUUCAGUUAAUCCUUUAAUGCCUUUUAAAAUCUUUCCCAAGGCAUUGCUGCCUGUCACACCAAGCCCUACCAGCUGGGCUGUGGAGCUUGGGCAUCAGCCACUUGUCUGCCAGACAGCCACAUUCAGUGUGCAAAUCCACUUAGAAUUUGAAACAGAGUGCCAAAAGCAAUGAGGGCUGUGUGUGCAAGAGACUGGUUUUUGAAUGUCUUCCUCAUAUCCAUUUGCAUUUUCUACCUUUUCUCACCCUCUGAUCUGCUGUGUGUUGUUUACCACACAGAGAAGUAAUUAUCCACUAAAUCCUGUCACUGCUCCUGCCACUUCCAGCAAGAAGAAUGAGAGAUUCCUUGGGUUAAAACCUCCCAAACUGAAGAAAUCUGACAGAAGUCAGCAGUCCAGCAGCUGAGUGGGGGCAGAAAGAGCCUGUGUGCUGGCUCACAAAAGUAAAAAUCUGUGUGAAAACAAAGUACCAGAACUCUAACAAUCAAGUAAUUGACAUGAAAAAAAAAGAGCACCAUGGAGUAUAUAAACAAAUCUUUAUUUAAAGCUUUUAAAUGGAACACAGUACUCAAUUUUCAUCAGAAAAGGAAAAACUGAAAACUGAAAGAUAAAAGCAACACACGUGAAACUCUCAUAAAUGGGUCUAUACUGUGUGCAUUUGGAGUGGAUACUUGCAUUUUAAUGGUUACUGACUGUGGUCAUACAUGCACUGGGUAGCUGGAAAGCAAUGUACCAGGUCAAGCUCUUGAAAGCAUGUUGCAUAGUUAUUUAAAUUCACUAUGAACUACACUAUUCAACAGUCAUCCCAGCUAUGUGUAGUCAGACAACAAAGAUUCUGGUUUUAGAAAAGCUAUUGGUAUUAGAUGUUGAGUAAUCAUCAUCCUGACAGCCACUACUGUGGCUCAAGACCAAGAACUGUACUUUAAAAGCAGGCUGUUAAGCUAAAACAGCCUCAAGUCAAAAGGGGAGCCACCACCUUUUAAGUAUCACUGACAAAUUUCACAUGUAUAACACAGCUAUAGAUCCACUAAAGAAGCGUUCACUUGAAGCUUUCAGUGCAUCUGUGCUAAAAAAAA